AUGUCCCGCUCACUCGACCCGACUCAGGCCCUCUUGCGAUGGGGCAUCGAGAACGCCGCACCUGGCACGCUCACCGAGACCGCCGAGCAAGUCAAAGCGGGCAAGCGACCCGACCUCAACACGGACAUCCUCAAGGCCAUGAUGGGGCAGAGCGACGCAGACAGGAUGAAGGAGUGCGUGAUGGUCAUUGAGGGUCAGUGGGUGGACAGGGAUGGGUCGGGAGAGGUCAAGAACAACAGCGACAUCACGGACGAAGACCGGUACCGCGCUUGGGAGGACCUCGAGAUGCUUGUUGAGGAGCUCGACAAUGCGAAUGACCUGCAGAACAUGGGUCUCUGGCAGCCGAUCGUUAAGCACCUGACGGACGCCGACGACGAGGUGGUCAAGCAUGCUUGCUGGGUCUGCGGAACGGCGGUACAGAACAACCCGAAGUCGCAACAAGCCUUCCUCGCCCUUGACCCGCUUCCCACCGUUCAAAGCAUCCUUGUCUCGACCGACGCCUCGCACGAAACUCGCGCAAAGGCGAUGUACUGCCUCUCGUCGACGCUCAAGCACUCUGAGCCGGCGGUUCAGCGAUUCGACGAGCUCGGCGGCUGGCAAACGUUGACGCAGACAUUGCAAGAUCCGUCGCUCAAGCUUCGCACCAAGACCGCCUUCCUCCUCUCCCAGCUCAUGAACCAGUCGCAGUCGCCGUCGUCCUUCAUCUCCUCCCUGCGAUCCGCCUCGACCCUCCCAACUCUCAUCGACUCGCUCUCGCCCUCAACAGCCGUCCCGACCGGCUCCUCUGGCGAGCAAGAAGCGAUCGAUUCCGACUUCCGCGACAAGGGCCUGCGGUUCCUCGCCAAUGCUGUCGAAAGCACAAAGGGUGCCGACGGCCUGACGGCGGAGGAGAAGACGAAGGUCCAGGGUGUGGUGCGGGAGGUCGAGCAGGUCGAGGGAUGGACUUCCGAGGAUGUUGGUCUUGCGCAGGACGAGUGGGAGUCGUUCAAGCGCGCGCUCGCCUAG